AUGAAUCCCAUAACGAGCUCCGCCUCUCAAACAAGAUCGUCUUCUGGCUCAGGCCGUUCGCAGAGAAGCGCCAAUCCCGACAAGCAGAUAUCGCAAAUAGAGAAGAGCGUCACCCAUCUACUCGUCGCCACGAAACAACUUCUCGAGACUUUGACGCAGUGGUCGCGUGGGCAGGCGCAGGAAGAGGAGGUUUCGGAUGUCUAUGUUCGACUGGGAUACGAGUUCAAUCUGGCCUGCCGCGCCUUCAAUUCAAUAGGUGUCGAAACUUCCGACCUCGGUCCUGUCCCUGAUCUCUUGCGAAAUAUCCUCGAGGACACCUUGAGCCAGCCGGCUUCCCCACAAGCCCUUGACAACUAUCUGCCUCGCAUCCGCGACAUCAUUAUCAAUCUUCUACAUGGCCUCAAGAGGAAGCAAAGCCGACUACGUGGACGGACGACCAAGGACGCCUCAGUGACAUCGCAACCGAGACCACCUACUACUCCAGGAAGACAACCUAGCAUAUCUACAACAGGAAGCAAUGAGACUGGCUUGACGCACAUGCUCGAAGAUGUACCCAGCGCCACUUCAAACAUGCGCGCUCAAACGCCUCCUCAAAGCAGCGCAACGGCUGAUCAGCAUUGGGUUGCGGCAAACACUCCUGCCACGCAACAGCCAAACCGAUCAUCUAUCAAUAGACACUCGAUGCGACGGGAUGUUGCUCCCCAACUACCUCAGUCGGAUUCCGGCUCGACAAUCUCUUCAAGCACUCCUCAAAACCCACCUAGUCUGCCAGUCUAUCAGGACGUUGAUCAGUCUCCUACUGUUCCUCAGAUCAAUUUCCCACAUCCUCCCCCGCCGCCGCCGAAGCAAGCAGAUGCCCUCACCAGAUUACAACGUGGCGGAGAUUUGGAAAGGCGAGCCUCAAGAAGAUUCUCGGCCUAUCAAAUUCAGAAGCAUCUUGGCGCUUCUCCUAAUGGUGUCCCGGUCAUUCCUGCCGCUCAAAAUUCUCCUAUCCCAAAUAGGGGCAAGGAGGUGCGCGAGUCUUUGACUGCUGUUCGAUCACGGAGUUCCUACCAACAAUCAAGAGCGAAGUCUCUACGUCAAGGGGAUGUGUCGCCCAGCAGGAGUGGGACUGUCAAAGCUCCGCAACGCAUUUCAGAGGAGAGAGAGGAGACCCCAGUUCUGACUUUGCAGGAAGUGCCUUCAAUGAAGCGACCAGACGAAUCCAUUAACUUCGACAGCCCAACCGUAAAGACCCCAGAUGAGUAUCUGCCGGUCUCGAAAUCCGAUUCUGGUAAUGGAGAUAAUGUGCUGAUGGGGGCAACUGUCAAUGGCCCUCUCAGUCCGCCACCGGAAGAGUUGCAGGCAACAAUAUCCCUUGACUCACAAGUCGCACCAGCACCUCCCGAACACAAAGCGUCUGUAGAUACAGAACCAGUCAAGACGCCUGAGACAGUUCAGCGAAGACCACGUGAGAACCUUACGCCACCGCAAUCGCAAGUUCUAACAACAGACUCAUCACCUCCGCAAGGCAAAGAAUUGACUCUUUUCUUGCAGUAUAGAAGCAAAAUCAAGAAAUUCGUCCUCGCGGACGGCUACGAAGAACUCACUAUUGCUAGGUUGCAACUUGCUUUCAUUGAGAAAUUUGCGUGGAACACUCAACAUAAUGGAGUAGACCUCCCUGAAAUUUAUGUGCAAGAUCCUGUCUCAGGCGUCAGGCAUGAACUGGAAGACCUUUCGGAUGUUAAGGAUCGAAGCGUCCUCGUGCUCAAUGUUGAAGCUCUGGAUGAAGUCAAAAAGCAUAUUGAUGAAGGCAUGAGCGGUCUUCAAAAGACUUUGGAGGGAGUACGGUCAUUGCUAGAAGGCCAGAGUACAAUGAUGCAGCGAUUUUCGGACCGACAGCUCGAAACGUCUAAGGAGAUGGCAAGGAUGUCUGCGAUGCCUGCACAGCAUCCAGCGCGGACACCGACAUUGGCAUCUAGUACAUUCACCACUGCACCAUCUUCCGAGUCUACUCUGCAAGAAAUCCAGAACCUUCGUCGGGAGAUUGCAGUGUUACGCCAAACAUAUUCGACAAUGUCUUCAGACUUUACGGCAGCCAUGAGCGACAUUAAAGCUAAGGCGGCUAACGUCAAGGCUGUUGCUGCAGAGGCCGCCAAUGCAACAUACAAAGGGGACGCCGGUCGCGCACAUAUCAACGAAGGCAAGAAACAACUCUCUGACGACUCUGAAGCACUUGUCAAUCGUGUUGAUGAUCUUUCAGAUAUUGUGGAAGAGCUGCGCAAAGAUGUUGUGGCCAGAGGAGUCAGACCCCUUCCUCGACAGCUUGAGGAUAUCAGCAAGGAGAUCAGCGCAACUGCCAAGCAACUAGGGAAGGUCAAAGAAUUCGUCAAACAUGAGAAGCCCAUCUGGACUAAGAUAUGGGAACAAGAACUGCAAGUCGUCAUGACGGAAAGAGACGAUCUGACACAGCAAGAUGAGUUGAUGAAUGAUCUCGACGGCGAUCUUGAGGACAUCACAAAUGUCUUUAAGCUCGUGGAGGAAGCCACAAAGCAGCAGAAUUUGCAGAGCGCUAGCAGUGGUCGCCAUCCCUCAAGGAGUCUUGCCUUUGAUACGGAUGUUGACCCCCACGAAGCCAAAAGUGGUAUGCUAGAUGAAGUUCGAGCUUUACAGCCGAAUCACGAAAGUCGCCUUGAAGCAAUAGAGCGAGCGGAGAAAGUCCGUCAACGAGAGCUGGAGAGUCGAAAGGUUGGCGAAUUCCAACGUGAGGUGGAAAAGUUUGUCGAAGAGGGGAAGUUGAAGAAGACAGGCGGCAUGGAUGAAGUGGAACGUAGGAGGAAGCUGAAAGACGAGCAGGCGAGGAAGGAGAACUGGGAGCGGCAACAGGCUAGAGCAGCUGAAUUGGAGAGGAAACGGGCCGAGGAGGCGGCGGCAGCAGCAGCGGCAACAGGGCCUCCAGCCGAGACGAACGGCGCGGCACAGCAAGACUCGGAGCACGAUAUCUCGCAAGAAGAGGAGACGGCAUUACAGGACGCGAAAGAGGAGGAUGUACCGUCACCUAAAAGAGCGAAUUCGACGGAGCCGGCCCGUGCGGUAGUGAGGGAUAAUGUUGUCGAGUCAACGUCAGCGGAGGCACCACAGUUACCAGAGAUUGGAGUUGGCAACGAAGGAGAAAGUGAGAAGGGACUUGGUAUGUCUUUUUUCCGUGAUUCUAUGAGUGAGACUGGUUGA